GGCCCAAAAAAUGAAAAAAGUACAGUCUACAGUUCUCUAGCAGACAUUUGUCGCACUAAAAUUAAUGUAUGUACUCAUAGUUAAAAAAUGUCUCCAUAGUAAAAAUCAUCAAGUUUCUCACACCGUCGCAGGAAAAGGGAAAAAUUUCACUACAGUAAAAAAAUUGUUUUCAAUAAAUAAAUUUCUUUAUACCUUUUUCCUUUUGAGUAGGUAAUCAAUAACCAAACAUAUUUCAAGAUGUCUACCUUUGAACCAGUUGUUGUCAUUGACGGUAAGGGUCAUUUAUUAGGUCGUUUAGCCUCUAUUGUUGCCAAACAAUUAUUAAAUGGUCAAAAAGUUGUUGUUGUCAGAGCUGAAGAAUUAAACAUCAGUGGAGAAUUUUUCAGAAACAAAUUAAAGUUCCAUGACUACUUAAGAAAAUCCACCAGAUACAACAAGACUCGUGGUCCAUUCCAUUUCAGAGCCCCAUCUAGAAUCUUCUACAAGGCCUUAAGAGGUAUGAUCCCUCACAAGACUGCCAGAGGUAAGGCUGCUUUAGAAAGACUUAAGGUUUUCGAAGGUGUUCCACCACCAUACGACAAAAAGAAGAGAGUUGUCGUUCCUCAAGCUUUAAGAGUCCUCAGAUUGAAACAAGGUAGAAAAUUCACCACUGUUGGUAAAUUAUCUUCUGCUGUCGGUUGGAAAUACGAAUCUGUUGUUGACAAAUUAGAAGAAAAGAGAAAAUUACAAUCUGCUGAAUACUACGCCAAGAAGAAGGCUUUAACCAAGAAAGUCAAUGCUGCUAAGGCUUCCACUGCUGAAUCUGAUGCUGCUAAACAAUUAGCUUCUUUCGGUUAUUAAAUUCUCCCAUUCUAAUCAACCCAACAGAUAUUUGAUAGUGAAUUAAUUUUUUUUUGAAAUCAACUUGAAUUGAUUUGAAUUUAUUAUUGUUAACAUUUUCCUAACCACAUCCAAUUUCAUAUAUUUGGAAAAAACAACUAUUAAUCAAUUCGGGUCAUUACAAACUUUCAGAGAACGUUUAUCAUCUAAAUAAAAUCUAUCCC